AAAGCUUUAAAUUUUGAGCUCUUGGCUGCAGAAUUUGUGUUAACUAUGGAAAGCGAUCGGAAAUCAACAACCUUAGAUUUGAUUGUGAAAUUUGGCGGUGCUGCAAUUACGGACAAGUCUUCCUUAGAAACACUGAAGCCGGAUCAGCUGGACUACGGGGCUAGCAUCAUUGAAGAAUGUUACAAGCUGGGACAGACUGUGGUCGUCGUACACGGGGCAGGCUCCUUUGGCCACCAUCAUGCUUCAAAGUAUAAUAUUAACCAAGGAUUUUUCCAAGGUGAAAGCCAUUUGGGUUUUUGUUUAACACGCCAGUCUGUCACUAAACUUAAUAAACACAUAGUUGACAGCCUGAUUUCUAGGAAUGUACCUGCUGUUGCUUGUUCGCCAUUCCCAACAUGGCAGACAGAUAAGAAAGCUGUUGUAGCAUGGCCAAAAGAGGUAAUCCAAAAUGUACUCACUUCAAGAUUAGUUCCCGUUUUUCAUGGAGACUGUGUGCUGGAUGCUGCUCAGGGUUGCUGUAUCCUCAGUGGAGAUUUAAUAAUCAAGACACUUUGUGAGAAUUUUAAUGUGAAAAGAGUGGUCUUUCUUACUGAUGUUUAUGGAGUGUAUGAUAGACCACCUUGUAGUCAAGGUGCAAAGCUACUGCAACAGAUUUCCACAUUUGCUGAUGGCAUUAUAGAGGAACAUAUACAUACAUCAAAUAUCUCACAAGAUGUUACUGGAGGGAUGUUGAAUAAGCUUCAAGCAGCGUGCAGUAUUGUGCGAAUGUCUCGAGGAAAAACACGAACAUUCAUUUGUAAAAUUGAUUCCCAUGAUGCUGUCAAGUUGUGUAUUGAGCAGAGAGAAAAUUGCAAGGAUUUGCAGGCAACAGAAAUUGUCCUGAAGCAAAAAUAAUAAAUUUUUAUGUUGGGAACUGUA